AUGAUAAACGGAAGAAAUUAUAUUCAGAAAGAUGGAAGUAUGGAAAUCGAAUUCGUUUUUGAUUUGAAGUAUUAUGAUUUAUCGAUUGAGAUUCCGAAUUAUACAGAUGUUACAUUGAUUGUUGCAGCCGAGAAGUUCUAUUUGAAUAAGGAGGUGCGAUUUUUUGGGGUUUUGGGUCAGGAUUUGGUGAAAAAUUUUAAAUUGAAGCCUCAAAAUCUUCGGGAAACACUCAAAUUUCGCUGAAAAACUAGAUUUCACUCUGAAAAAUGUUUCAAACUCCAAUUGAGCAACCUGAAUUUCAGCAUUUUUUACAGUUUCUCUCCCGCCUCGACUAUUUCAAUGCUCUAUUCAACACCAAAAAACGCCCCGAAACAAUGUUCCGAAAUCGAAAAAGCGAAAACGGACGAAUUCCGCUAUUUUUCUCAAUCUUCUUUUUCUCAUCCGCCGAUUUCAAAUUCGAAAUGAUGCGCCACGUGGAUAUUUGUGUCUAUUUCUCGCCAAAAAAUACGGCUCGAAAAUGGUUUUUGAGAAAUGCGAAAAUUAUUUGUUCAAUCGAGAUGAUGCUAGAAAUCAUCCGGAUUAUAUUUUCAAAAAAGCUGAUGAAUUUGAUCUCGAAAGAGUUUUGGUGAGCUUUUUUCAUAGAAAAAUAAAGAAAAAAUAAUUUUUUUCAGAAUAAAUUUCUUGGAUUUAUGAGCGAACGAGAUAUCAAGAAAAUGAAAGAAUCUGAAGAUUUUCAAAAUUUCAAAGAUUCCACCAAACAAAAAAUCGCCAAAAAGUUGGCCAAAAAUACAUAUUCCAGAAUUUAA